AUGGAGAAAAAAGUGAAAAUGGAAACAUUUAGUUUAAAAGAACACAUCUGAAGUUACUCUAAAAGCACACAUAUACUUCCUCUUCCUCUUCUUCCUCAUUCUGCCCCACCACUCCUCCUCCCAUCUCCUGCCACCCGAUUCUGAUCACCAUGCAUCUCUCGCCGCUCUAAGAAAAUCACCUCCAUCACCAGUCGGGUCGUAGGCGUCCUUUAAACCCUGCUCUGUUUGACUGACUGAGCUGAAUGAAGAUACUUUAAGGGAGCUUGUGUCAGCGGAGAUGUUGGCAGGUGCGUUAGUUCUGGGCACCAUCCUUACAGCUUUACCAGGUAUCCAGAGCAGGUGGAGUGUGACAUUUUCAAGGAGGGAGAUCUGUGUGUGGGCAGGAACAACUGUCACUCUGCCCUGCCGUUAUGACUACCCAUCAGGUCAUACUGUGAGGCGGGUCAUGUGGUUCCGUGUGUCUGCAGACGGUCGCAGAGAGUUCACUCACCACACUGACCCGAACCAGAUCAGCCUCUCGUACCGUGGACGUACACGCUACAUCGGUGGCAGCUAUUCCAGCUGUUCGGUCCAGAUUCGGGUUGUGAAACUGAGUGAUGCAGGUGACUACCACUUCAGGUUUGAGACAGACCAACCACUGGGGAGAUGGACCUCCCCUAACACCAUCAGACUUGAUGUAACAGACCUUCAGGUCCAGGUUCAUCCAGCAAGACCUGCCAACAUGUUUGGCUUUGGAGAGACUGUGUUUGUGGGCUGCCAGGCCAGAGGAUGUGCUGCUCCAGGAAGGAGUCUCGCACUGUACAGGAACGGACUGAACCUUGGCUCGCAUGAGAAGUGGAUGAUAAUCAACCGCUUUGACCAGCAGGAUGCUGGAGCGUACACCUGUCGUCCAAUCCCACCACAGAAUGUCCAGUCACCAUCACUCUCUCUGGCACAGGGACACGGUCCUCACUCCACCUCCAUAUCAGUGUUACCAGUGGGAGAGGUGUCCGAGGGGGGUUCGGUCACUCUGACCUGCACUAGUGAUGGAGCUCCACCUGUAGAGAGCUUUGCAUGGUUCAAAGACAUGGACAGUGGCAGCAUCCCAGACAGUUUUAGGCCUCAUCUGCACCUGUCCCACCUCAAAUACACAGACAGAGGAGAGUACUUCUGUGUCGCACGUAACUCGCUGGGAACAGACCGCUCCAAACCGCUUCUACUCAAUGUCACUUACUCUCCAAAGAACACGCGUGUGCUGGUGACUCCUCCAGGUGACAUCAGGGAAGGAUCAUAUGUAAACCUGAGCUGUGUCAGCCACGCCCACCCUCCUGCCAGCAGGUAUGCUUGGUAUCGUAUCCUAGGAGACCAGGUGUUGGCUAAAGGAACCAUCCAGAACCUGACUUUCCCUGUAGUGCGUGCUCACCAUGCUGGCCAGUACUACUGUACAGCAUGGAACCGGUUAGGAUACCAAACCUCCCUUGUUACCACCCUCUCUAUACUUUACCCUCCUAAGAACACCUCAGUUCUGGCUCGUCCCUCCAGUGUGGUAGAUGCUGGUCGACCUUUGACCUUAACCUGCAGCAGUCAGGCCAACCCAGCAGUGGACAACUUUACAUGGCACCGAUUAACUCUGGACGGGGGCUCUGUACAAUCGUGGGGCACCAAGUCGGGUCCUGUCUUCACCUUCUCAGAGGUCGGUCCUGGAGAGAGCGGUCAGUAUUACUGUGAGGCCAGGAAUCGAAUCGGAGUCCACAGCUCUCCUGUCCUCACCGUACGAGUCAGAGGUCGUCUUAAGGUCAUUGCCUUGGCCUCAGCAGUAGGCGUGUCUGCUGGACUCAUCACUCUCACAGUGGCCAUUAUGAUCAGUAAGAACAUGCACAGAGUAGACAUGGAGUCAGGAGAAGCAGCAAACAAGCGUCCGUCAGUGACAGCUGACACCAUGUUCUAUGAGUCAGCCCAACAGACCUUUCCAGUCAGAAAGGGCAAGAUGUCCGACAUACCGGAAGAGCCAGAGGAGUUAAGUGACAGCUCCCACCCCGCCAUCGUCCCUCUGAAGGAUGCUCCACCAAUCACAGAAGCUGAAAGUCACAGCCCUGCCCGCAACUACAUCACUGUGCACUACUCCAAAUUAUCCAGUGGGGACCAGGUGCAGGUCCACAACCUGCCACUUGGCGGUGAUAAAAAGCCGAAGGAUUCCUCCAAAGUUGUUUACACGUUACUGCAACAACCUCACAACUAAAAAGAGAAAUCAGACCACAGAGUUUACUCAGAUUUCUGCUCCUGUUAUUCUCAGCUGAACAACACAUCAGCCUUCCUCGUGUGAACCAGUCGCUUUACAUCCAUUCACCCAGAGAGGAUUGUGGGACAGGAAAUGACUCCUUGUGGACUCUGACGAUGCCUUAUGCUUUUCUGGGUCAGACAUGUUGUGAUGGAUUCUCCACAGUUCAUCAGACCAUGAGGACAACAUGUGGUCCCGGUCCUCACUGGGAGUCCAGCUCUUAAACUGAGUUGCAUGUCUUUCUUUUUUGUUUUCUUACCAUGUGUGCUGCCUGAGGAAGUAGAAAUGCUUCAAAACAAAAAAGUUUAAAAAAAAGUAACGUUCAUGCUGUUGGUUGCUUGCGUUCAUAUUCACAGUACAGACUAUAUCCGCUGCUGCUUUUUAGUUGAUAGUUGACACUGAAGUUCCUAACCAGGUAAAUAUAGAAGACACAGUAUUCCUGGUUGCUACAGCAUUAUUUGAAGCGUGUUCAUCAUUUGUAUUCACACAUAGUUGUCUCUAAUACACAUGACAUACUAGUAGAAAAAACUUUUGACAUCAAUAAAGCAUAUGCAAUAUUUGCCACAUAUGAAUUUCCAUAAACUUAAAUUGUUAACAGGCUUAUUUUGAUUGCUGAUCCUCCAACAUUUAUUCAAUUGAUAAAGCUUGCUUCCAUGAAAUCAAUAAGCAAUAAUGUAGAUAUACAUGUUGUGGUUUGCUACAUUAAAGAAAAAUAAAACAAUUACAAUGGAACAAAUGGUACGUUGAAUGUAUGGUGGAUUUUCUCCAGCUCACAAACAUUUACACAGUGUAACCAGUGUCACCAGAAAUAUGAUUUAGGGGAGCCAGUCCAUGUUUUUAAAAAUAAUAAUAAUAAUAAUAUUAAUUUCUGGGGUGUCAAAUAGCUCAGUUGGUAAAGCAUCGGCCCCAUGUACGAAGUCUCAGCAGUGGCCUAGGGUUAGAAUCCGACUUGCGGCCCUUUGCUGCAUGUCAUUCUCCAUCUCUCUCUCCCCACACU